AUGAUUGGUUGUAAGAUUAAUGAUCCGAGUUUGAUUUCCAAAGUAAUAGAAUUGAUGAGUCACUUUACAGAUUUGGUCAACUUUGAAGUAUCCUCCUCAAGUCUAUUCAUUCAUGCUGUGGAUAAUUAUAAGGUUGUUCUCUUUGAAUUUAGAUUAUUGGAAAAUCAAGCCUUCGUAUUUGUUAAUCAGGAUCAAACUAGAAGAAUUAAACUACCCAACUUUGAGAAGCACUAUGGAAUUAAUUUGAAAAUAUUUUCCCAAGUAACAAAAGGCUUGAAAUCCGAUGAUAGUUUGUAUAUUCAAUUUCCAUCCAAUGACGAAGCCUCAGACAUACUACUCCACAUCAAGAAGAAGAAUCCACUCAGAAAGUUUACCUAUCAACUCUCACAAUUCGAAAUAUGUGAUAAUGAAAGUUAUGAAAUUAAUGAUUUUGACCAACAAGCAAGAGUGGAAAUAUUAAUGAAUACUCAAAACUUUUCUCAAAUGAUUCAAGACUUGCACCACUUGAAUGGUAAUCGAUUCAGAUUAGAAGUAGAGAAGAGGGAUGAUUUUGUACUAACUCUCAAAACUUGGAAUGAAUUCAUCAAGGCAAGUAUUGAUAUUUCCAAUGGUGAAGAAAAUGUUUCCAUUAGUAUAAGUGAGAGGGAAGAAGAAUUUGUUAAUAUUGGUAAUGAAUAUCCAUUCAAAAUACUAUCAGUUAUUUCUCGUGCAAGUAAGAUUUCAGAUCAGGUAUUGUUUCAAGUUUGUGAGAAUGGUCCUCUUGGAAUAUUAUAUGGAUUAGAGGGAGGUAGUUUCCAAUUCUUUGUGGCUCCAUUCAUUCCAAAUGAUGAUUCCGAAGAUGUUGAUGAUUAA